GCUCAAACUGUACCGCAGUUUUGAUACUUUGCUAAAAUUUUUCUCGAAAGACGUGACCGUGACUUCCCCUUGAAGCCGCGUCUGCUUGACAUGAACUUUGAGUUUAUUAGUGCUAUUAUACUUUCAACGUUUGAGUUUAUUUCGUUAUUCUGGCUUUCAAUUUUGACUUUCGAUAUUUAGAAAGGUAGAGGUGAUGCAAUUUUUUUAUUAUUUUUCACACACCUCAAGGGAUGGACUCUUUCAAAAUCCAUGGUGUAAUACUAGGGCGACAGAUGUAAUAAUCGUGCCAAAUAACCUUAUGAAAUAUAAGUUAUUUAAGCGAAAAAGUAAUAAAGCCAAUACUAGUUUAUUAGACUGCACUCAUAUACACAAAAAUAUGUAAUUAUCUACGUAGAUCUAUAGAUUACAAAAUAUCUUUUUGUUUAUAAUAUAGAAUGUGAUUAUUAAACUAUACACUAGUGCUAUCUAUAGGUAGAUACAUAAGUUAUUACCAAAUAUGACACAUUUCUUUGAAAAAGUUAUACACCUUUAAACGUACUUCAGCUACUAAUCAAAAGAUGGCGGUGGGCGUAAUAAAAUUAAUAUUAAUAUAAAAUUUCCUGUUUUUUACCUUUCAAUAUAUAUUACAAGUGUUUAUAGAAUAGAUAAUUUAAAAUACAAAAAUUUACCAAUCGAGUUUUAAUCAAUGUUUUAUUUUAAUUUAUAACAAUUGAUAACAACCUACCUAACCUAAAAUUCAUCAUUUGACAAUAUUGUUAUAAUGUGAUUGUUGCAAAUUUCCCAAUACUUGUUUUUCUACCAGUUUUUGUUUCCUUUCUGUAUUUCGCGUGUUUCUUCUUACGAAGAUCCCGUAAAAUACAAUAAUGACCUUGAUGAUAACAUAAUUGUCUCAUCGAAAUCUUGUUUUCUCAAUAUCAAUUAGUUGCAAUACUCAAUUUUAUAAGUGAAUACGUACUUACGUUUGACAAAUAUAGAAACUGAGAUUUGUGUUAGUGAAUCACAAUGUUCGAAGUUGGAAAAAAUGUAUUUUUAAUGUUGAGACAAUCAUCACUGUUUUCCAGUCACGUAAGAUAUAUUAGUGCAUCAAGUAACUUUAUUUUUAGACAGUUAUUUGACAAUAUCAGUAGCACGUAUACAUAUUUAUUAGGAGAUGCCGACAGUAAAGAAUGCAUUAUUAUCGACCCGGUUUUGGAACGAGUUAAGCGGGAUUUUCAAUUAACAAAAGAUUUGAAUUUGAACCUGAUUUUUGUGGUCAAUACUCAUAUGCAUGCCGAUCACAUCACCGGAUCAGGAUAUCUGAAAUGCCUAGCAGGAUGUAAAAGUAUUAUUUCGAGGACUAGCGGGGCACAGGCGGAUAUAUAUGUUGACGAAGGAGACUAUAUACGAUUUGGUUCACAUAAAAUUAAAGUUCUGAGUACUCCUGGCCAUACAAAUGGAUGCUGUUCAUUUUACUGUCAGAAGCAGGAAAUCGCUUUUACAGGAGACGCUCUCUUAAUUAGAGGAUGUGGCAGGACCGACUUCCAAGAAGGUAACCCGGUAACCCUCUACCACAGCGUACAUAAUAAGAUAUUUUCUCUACCACUGAAUACGUUGCUAUAUCCGGCGCACGACUAUAACGGCAUGACAGUGACUUCGGUGCAAGAGGAGAAACAAUUCAACCCUCGCCUGGGGAAAACUUUGGAGGAGUUUGUCCAUAUUAUGAAUAAUCUGAAUCUGAAUUAUCCCAAACAAAUAGAUAAAGCUUUACCAGCCAACAGAGUUUGUGGUUUGCAUGAGGUCCCUAAGGAUUUAAACAACGGCUUAUAAUUUAUUAGAUAUUAUGAUUUUAAUGAAGAAAAGUAAUACUAACAAUAAAUAUUUAAUUCUAGUGCUUUUUGAAAUACUAGACUCAAUAAAAUAUUUGCCAAAA